AUGUCAAACUCGACGACUCGUCAGCUUCUCCGGGGGAAUGUCAAUCUCGACGAUGCCCUAGAAGAAGAUGACAACAUCCUCACGCAGUUGCAUUAUCCAGAGCAAAAGCAACGGUUUUGGAGUUCACUGACUGCACGCAAAGCUGAGAUUGAAUCAAUGCUUUGCUGCCAAUUGGGAGUUGAUUGGUGUCAUCUAUGCGCCAUGGAGACAUGGAAAUCAGGCAGCUUCAAUGUAGUCAUACCUGUUCUUUUGCGCCCUAGGAAAACUGUCUUCCUUCGCGUACCACUCCCAUACAAGACUGGUGAAGGGAAUGCCCCAGGGAACUCAGACGAGAAAUUACGGACAGAAAUCGCAACCUAUAUUUGGCUUGAAGCAAACUGUCCAGAUAUCCCAAUUCCGAUUUUGCAUGCGUUUGGCUUUUCUGACGGAUUUGUAGCACGGAGAUGGAUCCUCAAACUAUUAGGUCGCCCAGUUCCAUCUCGAUAUCUACGGCGUGGAUGCCGCAAUCCGUUGGAGACGGGUUAUCUCGUCACAAGUCAGGCCAAGGGAACAAUGCUUGCGCUGUCAUGGGAAACCCAUCGGCACCAUAAAUCGUAUCGAGAGAGGUUAUUUCGUAACCUUGCGAACAUCACAUUGUCAAUCAAUAGGACUCCUCUGUCGCGUAUUGGUUCACUGACUAUGCGUUCUGAUGGCUGUAUCACUCUAUCAAACAGACCGCUUGAUCUACACUUCCAGAUGCUAGAGAAUGAAGGCAUUGCAUCCGGCAUCCCACGACAGAGGACUUAUGCAGCAGUCGAGCCCUAUUUAUCUGACCUCCUUUCUCUUCAAGACAGCAAGAUACUGAACCAGCCAAACGCAAUCCAUGACCGACAAGAUGGUGAGAGCCAGCUCGCGGCCCUAACAGCUCUGCGAGCUAUUAUGCAUAGAUUCGUUAGCCCCGAAUACCGUGAUGGACCUUUCUACUUAACCCUUACCGAUCUUCACCAAUCGAACAUCUUCGUUGAUGAGCAAUGGAACAUCCAGACGAUAAUUGAUCUCGAAUGGGCACACGCGAAACCAAUCGAAAUGCAAGUGCCGCCGUAUUGGCUUACAUCAAGGGCGGUUGACGGCUUUUAUGACGCAGAUGCCAUAGCUGAGUAUGACACUAUUCUCGAUGAGUACCUUAGUAUCUAUGCGGCGGAAGAGAGACGGCGCAAUGGUGUCAUCGUCGAGGCGCCAAUCAAGCGACAUGUAUGGAAGAGCGGUGGAUUCUGGUAUUUCCAUGCAGUCUCAAUACCAAAAGGCAUGUACAAUUUGUUCAAUCGACAUAUCCAGCCUCUUUUUAACAAGGAACAUUCCGAAAUAAGCAUAUUUGACGAGGUAUUCUUCUGGUACUGGGGAGAAGAUGCCGCAGAGACGAUUAGUGCAAAACUUAAGGAUAAUGAAGACUAUCUUGACAGAGUAAAGAAGGCUUUUGGGCAUUCAUAG